UCGCGCAUGCGCAUAAGUCAAUCUUUUUUAGUCCUUUGGUUCACUUAGCGUUAACAACUAACUGGGAAAUAGUUUGACAAAAACUUUUCUAAAUCACUCAGAAUAAAAACGCAAUGUAAAUACCAUUAAAAUAAAAUACAUAUCGUAAACAUAAUGCAAUAUUAUUAAAAAAUAUUAAUAUUGAUUUAACGUCUAACUACUUAUAAUACCUUUGAGCAAAACGCGUAAUAGUGAAAAUCUACAUAUUCAAUGGGGUGCUUAAGUAGUAAAGAUCGCCUGACAAAAGAGGAUAUGGAGUUUUUGAAAACUCACACUCGGUAUGAUGAAGCCACUAUAAAAGAAUGGUACAAAGGAUUUAAGCAAGACUGUCCCAAUGGUCGUUUGACUCCAGCUAAAUUCGUUGACAUGUAUAAAAUGUUUUUUCCAUCUGGAAAUGCAGAAGAAUUUUGUGACCAUGUUUUUCGUACAUUCGAUAUGGAUAAAAAUGGUUAUAUUGACUUUAAGGAAUUUUUACUUGCAAUAGAUGUUACUUCUAGCGGCACACCAGAAGAGAAAUUAAAGUGGGCGUUUAGGAUGUACGAUGUCGAUGGGAAUGGCGUUAUUGACAUUCAAGAAAUGACAAAAAUUGUUCAGGCAAUCUAUGACAUGCUAGGCGCAUGCUCAUCAAAUCGUCCCGCUGAUUCAGCUGAGGAGCGAGCAAAAAAUAUAUUUGCUAAGAUGGAUGAAAAUAACGAUGGUCAAUUAACCCAAGAUGAAUUUUUAAAGGGAUGUUUGCAAGAUGAAGAGUUGUCUAAAAUGCUGGCCCCUUAAAUAUUUAUAUCCUAUAAUAUGUGUGUAUUUGAUGAAAUCAGUAAUGAAAUGUAUAAAUA